UCACUUCACCCGCCGUCCAAACUCCUGUAUCGUAACCUAACCGUGACUGAUUUCUGUGUUGGCACCAUUGCGGAGCCUCUCCAUGCUGUCUAUUGGAUUUCUGUGGUGACGGGAAAAUGGGACAUUUGUUAUCUGGCUCAUUUGAUGGUUACUUUCAGUGUACUUUGGCAGCUUAUACCUUUUGUGGAGUGUCUUUAUUAACCCUGGCUGCAAUAAGUGUGGACAGACUUCUCGCCUUGCUACUGGGACUCAGAUACAAACAAGUUGUAACUGUGAAAAAGACAUACAUAGCUAUCAUUGCCUUCUGGAUUGUUUCUCUUGUUGGCGUACCAGCUUCUACAGCUAUACGAGAGUAUGCUCACUACACAGGUACAGCGCUUUGCUUAGCCAUCACAAUCGUCGCUUACUCAAAAAUUUUCUUCCGUCUGCGUCAUAACCAAAUUCAUCGGAUCCACCCCUUACAAGGAGAAAGCCAAGCAAUUCAAAUGAACACAGCUCGAUACAGAAAGGCAGUGUAUGGUGCACUGUGGGUGCAGGCAGCAUUGGUCGUUUGUUAUCUGCCACUUAUCGUAGCGAUAGCUUUAAUACAUCAAAGAGGGAUGCAUUUAUCCUCUUACCUUGCUUGGCAAUUUACAAGUACUUUAGUAUAUAUAAACUUAUCACUGAACCCCUUUAUUUAUUGCUGGAAGAUCAGAGAAGUGAAAUUAGCUGUAAAAGAAACAUUAAGG